AUGGCUGAGGAAGAGGUCACCGCCUCGCCCCAGCUGGAAGAUGUUGAAGCCCUAGCUACUUCGUUCGAGGAGCUUUCGGUCUCGAAGGAGUAUGAUAACGCCAAUCUCGCCAGGCUGCCUGACGAGAUUGUCCUAGCCAUCAUAAAGCAUUUGCACCGGCCAAGUUUGAAGAGUUUGGCCCUGACGUGUAAGAACCUACGCCGCAUCGUGCGUCCUGACUUCUAUCGCAGUAGGAAGCAUGCACUUUUUCGUCAGUCCUUGAUGUCGGGAGAUCUAGAUUUGUUGAAGCGGUGUGCUAUGUAUAGCGCUGCCCCUGUUGAUGGAGUCUGGAAGGCAGAGUUUCGGGUGUACGACAGCCCCAUGACGGAGUGUCUGGACAAGGACGAAAUAACGGCAGAUCAGUGUUUUGAGGUAUUGCAGUGGCUCAUCGACAACGACUAUGAUAUCACGGCUGGGUCCAUUGAUAACCGGGCCUGGGGCGGCAUAGAGACCGAUGCCCAGAUUGAGUUCGCCAAGGAAAUGAAGCACAUGCCGUGCUCCUUUCUCCAAGUCUUCAAGAUGUCUACAGACAGGGACAAGCUCGACGGUGUCGCCAGGAUUGUAUGCCACCUAUCAUCUCAGGGCUUCAACUUCCCGCGAUUGGUACAGGGUGUAGGGUCAACCCUCAGAAGCAAGGAAGAGUAUGAAGUGUUUACUCCUCUCAGCUACGACUCGCCCCAUCUCAUCACAAUGCUGAUGAGAUCAUCUUGUCCACCCUCGCUUCUCGAGGCUUUCCUGAAGCAGCUGCAGCGCCAAGGCGUCAAGCUGAGUUGCCCUCGCAACAGUUGUCCGGCUGAAUUCAAGUACUGUGAGCCCGUAGAUGACGGCGACGAGCGCUUUAACCCGGCACCGGCCAUUCUAACUCAGGUUUGGGAGUUGGUGGCCGAGCUUUACAAUGACCUCUUUGAUCCACAGAGGUGGAGGCCGCUUUCUGCCGGCGAGAUAGGGGACAUUUGGGUAGAAAAGGUGAGGCUACUAGAUGAAUACGAAGGUAUCAGCAAUGUAGAGAGACGACUCCUCGUCGCUAUUCUAUCCGCCCUACGAAAGAUCAAAGCCAGAGCCGAAGCAUCAGGCGGCUUAGAAAUCGAGCGAGACGCCAAAGCCUGCUGGUACGAGCUCUGCAUGUCCUUCCAACACUUCUUUGACGACGAUGAACUCCUAGACUCUCAGUUCCGACACCCACAGGAUAGGAUGCACAUGUUUGUGCUCUGGGUCAGCUGGGAUCCUCAGAGGCUCUGGGACCAGAGUCUAAGGAAGGCUCCGUGUGGGAAAUUUUCCAGGGGCCAGCACCGUAUUAAUGGGCCGGUGAAUAUCAUGAGUGAUUGGCCGCAGAAGUGGCUCUGGAGAAAUGCCGGUUGGCUAAUUGAUAGAGAUCCUGACUGGUGUAAGAUUCCUUUGAGGGAGUGGUGA